AUGACAGCAACCCACGUCUUGCACCGCACCGCACCGGUGAUUUAGUGAAUGUGUUCAGAAGCGGCGGGUAAGGGUAUAUAACGACCCGAUAAAGACCCGAAAUUUAGAGUGAGACUCGUUAUAACCGGUAUCUUCACUUUUUACGGCCACGACUGUCGCCGGGGCCCGGGGAGUCGUCCGCCCCACUCUUACUUGCCUUCGUCGGCUCUCGAUCUUGCUCGGAGCCAAAGUUUGGCAACUUUACUCCAUGUCCCGCGCUCGCCACGAAAGCCUCGUUCGGUCGGUCGUCCGCAUGUUUCGAUGCAUCUGGCUUUCACUCGCCGUUACUUGACCGUUUUCUGCGUCUUCGCCGGCGCGUAUCUGUGCAUAUUCUCCUUGCUGCCCGCCGGAAAACACGAUCACCAGUUCGAGUGGAAUUUUGAGGGAAUAAAUCGAACAUUUGUGGUAGACUAUGAAGCGAACGAGUUCCGAAAGGAUGGCGAAAUAUUUCGGUACGUCGCGGGGGAGAUGCAUUACUUCCGAGUGCCCAGAACCGCCUGGCGGGACAGGAUGAGGAAACUCCGAGCGGCCGGCUUCAACGCUUUAUCCACAUAUGUCCACUGGUAUGCACAUGAGCCAUUCCCUGGCGUGUACGAUUUCUCAGGGCAAAAUGAUCUCUUACACUACAUUCAACUUGCCGGUGAGGAGGGGCUCUAUGUACUGUUUCGACCGGGACCUUACAUCUGUGCAGAGGUUGAUUUCGGCGGUUUCCCUCCUUGGCUGCUCAAAAUUGAUCCAAACAUGAAUCUCCGCUCAAACGACCCAGUUUACAAGGAAUAUGUAGCUCGGUGGUACGCGAAAUUGAUGCCCAUGAUUCAAAACAAACUUUACGGCAACGGAGGUCCAAUUAUAAUGGUUCAGGUCGAGAAUGAAUUCGGAAGUUAUCCAUGUGACCGGAAGUACAUGUUCUGGCUGAAAGAGUUAACGGAAAAGUACGUUCAAGGCGCAGCGUUACUUUACACAACCGAUGGAGCUGGUGGGAACUUUUUCAAGUGUGGGCCUGUGCCCGGUGUAUUCGCAACUGUCGACUUCGGAAAUUCACGUGACGUGGAGCAGCAGUGCAAAUGGAUGAAAGACUUCAACAAAGGGGGGCCGUGUGUCAACUCUGAAUACUAUGCGGGAUGGCUCACGCACUGGGCUGGUUCUUACGAAACGGCCGAGACUCCGAAGGUGGUCAACACUUUGGCCGAUAUGCUUUCGCACGGUUAUUCCGUCAGCAUUUACAUGAUCCAUGGCGGAACCAACUUUGGCUUCACUAACGGUGCUAAUUAUAGAGAUGUCUCCUUACAGAACUUAAACGGGCAGUUUCAACCCGACCCAACGUCAUACGACUACAACGCUCCUAUCACAGAGGCGGGUGACCUUACCGGGAAAUACUUCGCGAUACGACAAGUGCUUAAACAGUUUGCAAACGAGUACAAAUUAAGUUUCAUAAAUAUGCCUCUACAGAAUAGCCCCAAAGGUAAUUACGGUUCACUGAAAUUGGAUCCUUUGAUGUCAAUUUUCGACGCAGAUCGUCCUUCUCAUACGGGAUGCGUCAGUAGCAAGCAGCCACUGACUUUCGAGGAAGUCGAGAUUUUCUACGGCCACGCCCUCUAUAGGACCAAACUCCCUGCCGGACUUCGUGGUGCAUACAAUCUCUCUGUCACGGAGAUCAGGGAUCACGCGUUCGUCUACCUCGACCAGGGUAGUGGUCCGGAAUUAAAAGGACUUCUAUCAAGACUUAAUGAGACUUUCUCGCUGGAUCUCAAGAUAGACGGAGUGACGAACGGAGGAGAAGUCUUAAGUCUAUUCGUGGAGAAUCUCGGACACAUCAACUACGGUGCGCGUAUUGUCGGCGAUGUAAAGGGUAUCAUUGGCUCGGUGAAACUGAACGAGACGACGCUGUCAAACUGGGAAAUGUGUAACUACACUCUGUCCAACAUACAAGAGAUACAAAAGGCAUCCGAGAAAAACGGAGGCAACUUUAGAUUUUCAUCUCCGACUUUCUUCACCAAGAAGUUCCGCAUGGAGGCGAGGGCAGAGCAAAGGGACACUUUCGUCGACUUCUCCGGUUGGGGCAAGGGCGUCAUUUUCAUCAACGGGUUCAAUUUAGGGCGGUACUGGCCAGUGGUGGGGCCCCAACAAACCUUGUACCUGCCCAGCACACUUUUGAAGCCGUACCCCGAAGUGAAUCAAGUGACGCUUUUUGAGAUGUAUCGCGCUCCAGCCAACCUUACCAUCUCAUUUGUCGAUUAUCACUCCUUAAAUGACUUGAGACUUGAUUUGAGUCAAGAAAAAUAUUGAGAAUACUGCCAAGCGAAGGAAGCUCGCUGCAACUCCAUUCUAAAUUUUAACAUAUUUUGUCUCAUAAAAUGCUAUAUUACCAUGCUAUUUGGUUACUUUGGUACCGCAUUAUUUUAGUUUGAGUUUUCAACAGUAAGACUAGAGUUUUUGAAAAUAUAUACGUGGUGUGUUCAAGAAGUUACCGGACUUAUGCCGCCGCGGCCUAAAAAAUGGCCCGAUCAAGCUAAAAUAGGGCCCAUUUGAAAGCUCAUACUCUCAGAAGUACAGUGAUUUUUGGUUUUUUGAAAAAUAGCUAUUAGUUUUUGUACAACGUCAAUAGCUAUUAGUUUUUGUACAACGUCCAUUUUACAACGGCGUAUUCGACCCGUUCGGCGAUUUUGUAAGUUCACAUACUGGAUAAGAAAGCUAGAAAGGCAGUGUGCGAAGUUGUGUGCUUUUAAAAUUUCCAAAUUUUCUCUGAUAACUCCUAUUGACGCGAUCCACUGUGCGGUACCAGUCCGGUAACUUUUUGAACACACCAGUAGGAUGAACACGCUCUUGUCAUCUUGAAAAAUAUUUUUAUUUUUAUAAUUAUUCAUUAAAAAAAGGGGGAAAAAUAUUUAGGAUGGAGUCCUGGCGUCUCUCGUCUUCCUACGGACGGCAGGAGUAAUAAAACACUAUGACGUAAUAUAGUUCAAAAACUGAGUAAAAAUGUAUGUCUUGUUCAAGCAUACAGAAAUACUUCAAGUAACUUCAACUUCCAGUAUUCAUUUAAAAGAAAGUAUUGUUUAAAAACGGAGCAAUCCGCGUACUUCUGCCUGAUAAAAUUCUAAAUUAGGGCCGAAAAGAAUGAUUUAAGGAGAUCCAAAGAUUUUUUUUACAGCUUUAAGAGUGAAACAUGUCUCGUAUCAUUCUGUCGUGGGUCGUAAAAAAAUAAAACACUGGAGCUUCUGUUCCCAACCCCUAUGUCAAAGGAGGUUUAAUACCACGUAUUUUUAUAGUAGCGCUUAAACAUUUCCGUUAUCAUUUCAUAUUUUCUUUAAACAAUACACUGAGAAAAAGCUAUGACUUGUAAACCAAUUAGUGAUUCAUAUAGAUCACCACUAAUUGUAGUGAAAGCAACAUAUAAUAAUAGCACACAUACCUUUGUGAUGGUACGAGGUACCUAAGUAUGGUACGAGGUACCUAAGUAUGGUACGAGGUACCUAAGUAUGGUACGAGGUACCUAAGUAUGGUACGAGGUACCUAAGUAUGGUACGAAAUACCGUAGUAUGGUUCACAGACCGAGACUCAUUAGUUCAUUUACGACUAUUAGUGGUGUUCCAUAUGAGCCACUAAUAGGUUUAUAAAGCUAUAGAUUUUUCUACAUGUAUAAUAUGUUACACCUCCACACCUAUGUGAAUUAAUAUUCUCAAAUAGCAAUAAAA